UCCUGCUGAUUUGAUUCCACUCCCCACCCCCCAGUUUGAAAUCUACCAUUUGAGACUCUAACAUUCAGGACAGUCUCUAAGGCAAGGCCAUUUGCCCUUUGGUUAGACUGUUCCCCACUCCCAGCCUCCAGCAGCAGAGGCAGAAGGAGAUGGAACCACUAGAAAACUUGGAGACUUCAGCCCCUUUUUUGUGUGUUUUCCUUUUCUCUUUGGGCUUAUCAGACAGAAGUUUUACCUGAUUACCAGUGACCUCGAAAGGAAAGCGGUGAAGGCGUAUGUACUAUGCAAGCUAAAGGUCUGUGCUGGAUUUAACGAGAGACAGAGAGGGUGGGGGAUGCCUCUGCUUCUAUUUGUUUUCCUGAGCUAAUAUUUAAAUUCCUCUGCUUGUCCUCUGAACACACCAGGUGGGCAGUUGGGGGAAAAAACCAGGAGUUGGCUUUGUAUAUUUAAAUCAAUCAGACAGGACACGAAAAGCGAAGAGGUAAAGGUGGGAGGUACCCCCUGCAGUCAGUUUAUGUAGGAAAUUUUAUGUAUAAAGGAAGAACUUGGUCUAACCGUGUUGGGAAAUUGGUCUAACUGUGUUGACCCUGGCCCGGAGAACACCUGGUGUCGGAAGGUUUAAAGCUGCUCCCAGGCUUGGGGGGCAGACACCUCACUGCUUCUCAGCAGAGCUGGCCCAGGACAGCACCCAGAUCGGGUUCAGUUCUAGGUGGGGUUAAGGGGAAUCUUCUGACACCAGUGGGGACAGCAGGCCAGGUGGAGGCUGCCCCAGGGUGUGACAUCACAAUGUAGUCCAUUCAGGGUCUGGGGGUUGACUUGCCCCUGGGCUGGGGUAUAAGCUGACCCUGCCCAGGACUGGCCCACACUUACAGGCCAGGCCACCCAGAUACACUGACCUUCAGCGCCGAGUUCCAGGCACCCUUGGAGGACAUGGACCACAUGUCUCCCAGGCUGAGAGCUUUCCUCUCUGAACCCAUCGGAGAAAAGGACGUUGCCUGGGUGGACGGGAUCAGCCAUGAGCUGGCGAUCAACUUGGUCACCAAAGGUUUCAACAAGGCUUACGUCCUGUUGGGACAGUUCCUCCUGAUGCACAAGAGGGAAGCCGAGUUUCAGAAGUGGCUCAUCUGUUGCUGCGGAGCCACCGAGUUUGAGGCCCGGGAGUGUUCCAACUGUCUGAAGGAAUGGUGCUCCUGCUUCCUGUAGACCCAGCCUGGCCCUGAGCCACCUCCCAGAAAACAAUGCCACUGCAUCGACCCCGGGCUCCAAGUCGUUAUUUCUCUUUUCCACUUUAUUGACUCAGGUUUGUUAUAAAAAGCAGCUCAAGAGAAUAAAAGAGGACAAACACAGGCACGGUGACCUCCGGAUUCCGCCCAGAAACAUUCACCUUAUGCCGAUAUCAUGCCAGCUGUCUCUUAGCAUACGCUCAUCUCCAGGAAUGGAUAAUUUUAUUUUAAAAUGGGAAUUCAAUUUUAAGUCAGUGUAGUAGUUAACAACUGCUGCAGAACAAAGGAACCCAAAAUGCAGCCGCUUAACAGGAACAAUCAUUUUAUCUCACUCAGUUUCUGAGGGUCGGGAACUGAGAGUUGCUUGGCUGGGUGGGUCUAUCUCAGGGCCCCUGUGAGAUGAUAGACUGUGGGCCAGGGAGCAGGUUGGCCUGGGCUGGAGAACCCACAUGGUUUCUCAUGUAGGUGGUGGCCUGAGACCUCGGCUGCUCUCUGAGGGGGGGCCUCUCUCAGGCUUCGAUGACCUGGCUUCUAGGGUCGCCCAGAGCAGGUGACCCAGGAAGGAAUAAGAGGGCAGGAGGCCACCAUCUUUCAUGACCUCAACUCUCACACAAACUCACUUCUGCCUUGAUUUGUUUUUAGAACCAAGUCCCUACAUCCUCAAGGGAGAAUUAAACUUUUCUUGAAAUAGCAAAUAGUUCAGUUCAGUCACUCAGUCGUGUCUGACUCUCUGCGACCCCAUGAACUGCA